AUGGUUGUGUCACCGCAAAGCCCUGCUAGCGAAACCCAAAGCGUACAAGUAAAAAAAAUCAACAUGGCGUCCAAACAAACUUCAGUAGCCGAUACGAGAGCUGAACUUGCCGAAUUAGUAAAGAGAAAGGCAGAGGUGGCUGAAACAUUGGCUAGUUUAGAACGCCAAAUAUAUGCAUUUGAAGGAUCAUAUUUAGAAGACACACAACUCUAUGGCAAUAUUAUACGAGGCUGGGAUAGAUAUCUUGCUACAAAUAAAAGUACUAACUCAAAAGCCGAUAAACGUAACAGAAAGUUCAAAGAAGCUGAAAGAUUAUUUUCAAAAUCUUCCAUAACAUCUAUGGCAGCUGUAAGUGGACUAGUAGAUCCCGCUGAAGCUAAAAAUGAAAGAAAUAGUGAGACUGAAUCUCAAACAAAUGAAGACUCAUCUGAUACACAAAUAAGUACUAGUAUGAUAGGAACAUUGAAUCAUACCACUAUACAUGGCUCUACUGAAAGUAUUGCAUCAAAGCCUUCUGGUAAACAACACACUAAUGGUAGUAUUGAAAAAACUAUUACAAGUGCUCUUACUAAGCAAAGUGUAACACAGAAAAUUGCAUCAUCAUCAAAUGUUCUUCAGAAAGCCUUUGGAAGUGACAAUAAGAUGUUAUCAGCUGUUGGUUUAGAUAGUAGACCGAGUACACCAAAAGAAAAAGAGAGUGGAAUUGGCUUAAUAAAUAAAGGAGAUUCUACUCCCAAUUCAUUAAAACAUAAACUAUCAAACAGUAGCAAUAAUAGCAACAUUAAGAAAAAUAACAAUAAAAAGGCAAGACAUAGA